AUGAGUGCUGCAGCGUGGCUGGCCGUGGCUGCAACCGCUGCAUGUGCGCAAUGUGCGCAAGAGGCGGCCUUCUGUUCGGAGGAGUCAGCAGAUGGAGCUACCCAUUGGCGACCGGAAAAGGAACUGUCCUAUACCAGCGAUGUGGAUAUGGUUUGGCUCCU